ACUUAUCCAGUCUAUUAAGAAACUUGCUGAUGUGAUGAUCCUGACUGUUUUCUGCUUGAGUGUCUUUGCCCUCAUAGGCCUCCAGCUCUUUAAAGGCAAUUUGAGACAUAAGUGUGUCAGGGAUUUUAACUCCACCAAUGGAAGUAUUUACUUGGAUGACAAAAAAUGGGGCUCCUUUGAUGAGUUUAUUAAUGAUUCAGAAAAUUUUUUCAAGAAGAAUGGAACCAUGGAUAUCUUAUUGUGUGGCAACAGCUCAGAUGCUGGCUCCUGUCCAGAUAAAUAUGUAUGUCUAAAAGUUGGGAAAAAUCCUGAUUAUGGCUACACAAGUUUUGAUACAUUUGGCUGGGCCUUUCUUUCCUUGUUCCGCCUGAUGACACAAGAUUACUGGGAGCGUCUCUAUCAACAGACUCUCAGAGCUUCUGGAAAAAUCUACAUGCUCUUUUUUAUGCUGGUCAUCUUUGUGGGUUCAUUUUAUCUGAUCAACUUGAUCCUGGCUGUAGUGACUAUGGCAUACGAAGAGCAGAACAAAGCUACUAUUGCUGAAACUGAGGCAAAGGAAAGGAAGUUUCAGGAAGCCAUGGAACUGUUGAAAAAAGAGCAAGAGGCAUUGGCUGCUAAAGGAUAUGAUACAAAGUCACUUUGCUCCUUUGAAAUGUCACCUUUACCGGCCGAAGAAGUCAAAGAUAGAAGCAAUAGGAGGAAUAAAAAUAUGUCCUUAGGGAUAGAAGAUUACGGGGAAGAUCGAAAAGUUCCCAAAUCACAGUCCAGUAGCUGUCAACAAAACUCGACCCCUGUAUGUGAUGAAGUGAGCAAGAAGCACUUACUCCAUCAUCUGUCAGUGGACUAUUUUAAUGAGCCACUACAAAGACAAAAGGCAACUGAGGUAGUCAGUACCAUUACCUGUGUCCUGGAGGAAUCGCAACAGAAAUGCCCUGCCCGCUUGAAGGACUUUGCCCUAAAAUAUCUUAUUUGGGACUGUUGUCCACUGUGGUUGAGAAUCAAGAAAAAGGUGACAAUUUUAGUAAUGGAUCCAUUUACUGACCUCACCAUCACUUUUUGCAUCGUGAUGAAUACUAUCUUCAUGGCACUAGAGCACUAUAAAAUGAGAAGAAAUUUAAAAUUCAUGCUUGACGUAGGCAACAAGGUCUUUACUGGAAUUUUUACUGCAGAAAUGGUCUUGAAAAUCAUUGCUCUAGAUCCCUACUACUAUUUUCAGCACCGCUGGAAUAUUUUUGACAGCUUAAUUGUCACUAUAAGCUUAAUCGACCUGAGUUUACCCACCAAAGGUAAAGGAAGAAAAGAACGAGGAAACCUGUUAGUUUUACGUUCCUUCAAACUGCUGAGGGUCUUCAAACUGGCAAAGUCCUGGACGACUUUGAAUACACUUAUUAAAAUCAUUGGUAACUCAGUGGGUGCCGUGGGUAACCUUACCCUGGUUCUGGUGAUCAUAGUCUUUAUUUUUGCUGUAGUAGGAAUGCAACUUUUCGGUAAAAGCUACAAAGAACAUGCCUAUAAAAUAAGUAAGGAUUGCAAGCCACGUUGGCAUACAAUGGAUUUUUUCCACUCAUUCCUUAUUAUAUUCCGAAUUCUGUGUGGAGAAUGGCUUGAAACCAUGUGGGAUUGUAUGGUGGUAGCUGAGCAACCAUUAUGCCUUAUUGUCUUCUUGCUGGCCAUGGUGAUAGGAAACCUAGUGGUUCUCAAUCUGUUCAUUGCACUACUGCUGAACUCCUUCAGUGCUGACAACCUUCAAGCACCUGAAGAUGAUGCAGAGGUGAACAACCUUCAGAUUGCAUUUGCUCGGAUCCACAAAGGACUUCACUUGCUGAAACACUCAACAUGGGAUUACUGUUGUGGAAAGCUCCGGCAUCCAAAGAAAGUCACCAAAAAGAAAAUUAAAUUAGCUGCUGAGAACACAUGUGUGGAGAUUGGGAAAGAAGGGAAGAAGUGUAAAGAAAAUCACAGUAACAAUGUGACUGAGAAAAAUGGAGAAAAAUGCUCAGUUAGCAUUCUUGAAGAUUUUAUCACCAACCCCAACAUGUUUGUCUGCGUCCCGAUUGCUGAGGCAGAAUCUGAUAGUGAGGACUAUGAAGAUGAUGAUGAUAAUCCAAGUACAUUCACAGAAAUGGAGAACAGUAAACAGCAACUUGAUGACAUCAGCUGUUCUGAAGGCAGCACAGUGGAUCUGACAAAUCCUGAGGAGCUUCUGAAACAGAUCCCUGAGCUAGCUGAAUACUUAAAGAAACCUGAUAACUGUUUUCCAGAAGGCUGUGUUCGACAUUCCCCUUGCUGCUCAAUGAAUACCACAAAGUUUCCAGGAAAAACAUGGUGGAACCUGAGGAAAACAUGCUACAAAAUUGUUGAACACAACUCUUUCGAAAGCUUUAUCAUAUUCAUGAUUCUGCUAAGCAGUGGAAGCCUGGCAUUUGAAGAUAUACAUCUUGAGAAAAGAAAAAACAUUAAAAUUAUGUUGGAAUUUUUUGAUAAAAUCUUCACUUACAUCUUUGUCCUGGAGAUAUUUCUGAAAUGGGUGGCUUAUGGCUUCAAGAAAUAUUUCACCAAUGCUUGGUGUUGGCUUGACUUCCUAAUUGUAGGUGUCUCUUUAGCAAGCCUUAUAGCUAACUCACUUGGAUAUGCCGAAAUGGGACCCAUGAAAUCCCUUAAAACCCUGAGAGCAUUGAGACCAUUAAGAGCAUUGUCACAAUUUGAAGGGAUGAGGGUGGUUGUGAAUGCCCUAGUAGGUGCCAUCCCUUCUAUCAUGAAUGUUGUGCUUGUCUGCCUCAUUUUUUGGCUCGUUUUUAGUAUCAUGGGAGUGAACCUAUUUGCAGGAAAAUUUGGAAAAUGCAUUAACUUGACUGAAGAAACAUCAGGAUUAAAUGAAAGUAUUAGGAACAAAUUGGAUUGCACAACCUAUAAUGACACGCAAAAAAUAUAUUGGACAAAUGCUAAGGUCAACUUUGAUAAUGUUGGUUCUGGUUAUCUGGCUCUUCUUCAGGUGGCAACAUUUAAAGGUUGGACAGACAUUAUGUAUGCAGCAGUAGAUUCACGAGGGAAAGAAAAGCAGCCACGGAAGGAACAUAAUCUAUACAUGUACCUCUAUUUUGUGGUUUUCAUCAUCUUUGGAUCUUUCUUCACACUGAAUCUUUUUGUUGGUGUCAUUAUUGACAAUUUUAACCAACAAAAGAAAAAGAUAAGUAGACAAGACAUCUUUAUGACAAAAGAACAAAGAAAAUACUAUAACGCAAUGAAAAAACUGGGAUCCAAGAAACCCCAAAAACCCAUCCCAAGGCCAUUGAACAAAUACCAAGGGUUUUUUUUUGACAUUGUAACAAGCCAAGCCUUUGAUGUUAUCAUCAUGAUUCUCAUCUGCCUUAACAUGAUCACUAUGAUGGUGGAAACUGAUGAUCAAACUAUAAGGAAGACUGACAUUCUUAACAAAAUCAACAUGUUCUUUGUUGCCAUCUUUGCUGUAGAAUGCACCAUGAAAUUGUUGGCUCUGAGACACUAUUACUUCACCAAUGGCUGGAACAUAUUUGAUUUAAGUGUGGUCAUUAUGUCUAUUGUUGGCGCUCUGCUUUCUGACAUUGUUAAUGCAUUUGAAAAUUACUUCUCACCUACACUCUUCAGAGUCAUUCGGUUGGCUGAGAUUGGACGAAUAUUAAGACUUGUCCGAGCUGCCAAAGGAAUUAGAACUCUCCUUUUUGCCUUAAUGAUGUCCCUUCCUGCUCUGUUCAACAUUGGUCUCCUCCUUUUUCUGGUCAUGUUUAUUUAUGCCAUUUUUGGCAUGGCUAACUUUGCUUAUGUUCCAUGGGAGAGUGGGAUUGAUGACAUGUUCAACUUCCAAACCUUUGCUAACAGCAUUCUUUGUCUCUUCCAAAUGACAACAUCUGCUGGCUGGGAUGGUCUUCUCAGUCCUAUUUUAAACACUGGACCUCCGUUUUGUGAUCCUAACAUACGAGGUGCUGUGGGAGAAUGUGGUAAACCUGCUGUGGGUAUUAUUUUCUUUGUAAGUUACAUCAUUAUAUCAUUUCUAAUUGUUGUAAACAUGUAUAUAGCUGUUAUUUUAGAGAACUUCAACGUUGCCACUGAGGAAAGUACAGAUCCUGUAGGUGACGAUGACUUUGAUAUGUUUUAUAAAAUCUGGGAGAAGUUUGAUCCUGAAGCAACUCAAUUUAUUGAGUAUUCUGCACUUUCAAACUUUGCAGAUGCUUUGGCAGAACCUUUACGUGUAGCCAAACCAAACAAAAUUGAGCUCCUGGCAAUGGACCUUCCCUUGGCCAGCGGAGAUAGGAUUCACUGUUUGGAUAUUUUGUUUGCUUUUACCAAACGGGUGCUAGGAGAAUCUGGGGAAAUGGACAAACUAAAAGAACAGACGGAGGAAAAGUUUAUGGCUGCCAAUCCAUCUAGGUUUUUUCAUGAACCAAUCACAACCACGCUCAGACACAAAGAAGAGGAGGUUUCUGCCAUUAUUAUCCAGAGGGCCUAUAGGAGUCAUUUGAUUCAACGGUCCAUGAAGCAGGCCUCUCUCUUAUAUCAUAGAACUUGUGAUGGUGACAUCCUUGAAGAUGCUUCACAGAAGGAAGGUCUCAUUGCAUUCAUGGUGAAUGAAAAUUAUGGUAAGAAUCUAGACAAGUCCGAGACUGUGUCUUCCACGUCUUUCCCUCCAUCCUAUGACAGUGUCACCGGGGACACUAAUGACAACCUCCAAAUCUUUGUGACUCUUAUGACAUCAUGAUAUCAUUAGCUGGCACUUCUCCACAACAAACUCUACACCUUGGCCUGCCUUCAGUCUCUUCUACCAUGUGUGUAAAUACUUAUUUGAGAUACAUGGGUUCAUACUUUCUGUAUGAACCAUUUUGCUUUUCCUUUACUGAUUUGUCUUCCUUUCUGUUGCAUUGCCAGGUAUUCAGAGCCACAAGACCACUCAAGUCUCUCUUGACACUUACAUUCCAUAUUUAAAACUGUUAAUUGUAUAUGUAAAUCACUUUUCAAGAUAAGAUUAAAAAAAGUGGCAAGAUUCAUGUGACUAUCAAGGGUAACUGGUCCAGGGGAAGCACAGCUUUCCUUUCUUCCCCACAGUGUUUUCAGACAGAAAAGAAGCUUGGCUUUGUGGCUGAGGCCCUGGACUGAGACUCUGAUCUGGGUUCACUUCCUUGCUUGGCUACAGACUUUCCAUGUGACCAUAGGCAAAUCACAUUUGACUGCAGUGCAGAUGUACCUUAAUCUCUCUUUCACUCAGUUCCCCCUCUAUAAAAUGGGAAUAAUAAUAUUUCCUUUAAUAAAUCUCCCUUUUCCCCACUUUUGUCUAUCUAUUUAGAUUGUGAGCUCUUUGGGCAGGGACUGGCUCUUACUAUGCAUAUGUACAGUGCCUUGCACAAUGUGGUCCCAGUCUUAA